GUGCAAAGAGAGACGCCCUUCUUUAUCUCUGCUCAAAACCCACACCACGAUUUCGCGGUGGUGACCCAGCUCAAUCCGGGACGCUGUUUGAACACACAAUGAACAUGUAACUGCAUAUCACCGCGCAUAAGGGCAAAGACAGCAGUUGAAGGCGGAGGUAGCACUCUCACCGUAUACCCACGAUCAUGCCGACAUACAGAUUCCGUUAUUUCAACUACAAGGCAAUGGGCGAAGUGUGCCGACUGAUGUUUGCGCUUGCUGGUCAGGAGUUCGAGGACGUCAGGAUCACCCACGAACAAUGGGCCGCAGAGAAGCCAAAUACCCCUCUGGGUCAGAUGCCCGUCCUUGAGAUUGAUGGAAAACCCUUCAGCCAGAGCAGCGCCAUAUCCAGAUACCUUGCAAGGACAUUUGGUUUCUAUGGUAACGGCGAUCUGGAAGCCCUAGCGGUGGACCAGGUUCUCGGUGUCAUCCAAGACGUCAUCAUCUUCAUGCGCGACCAUUUUAAAGAGAAUGACGAAACAAGAAAGGAUGAGAUGGCGAAAGAGAUAAAGGAUGUCAAAGUACCGCUGUAUUUCGGGAUGUUGGAGAAGUUGCUGAAACAGAAUGGCAGUAAUGGAUUCUUUGUUGGCAAGAAGAUUAGUAUUGCUGACGUCAGUCUGUUUGAUAUCUAUGAUAAAACCCCAGAGGCCAUACUCAAGUUGGAAGACUACCCUCUGGUCAAGAAAUGCAUUGACAACGUUGCCUCCAAUCCUGGAAUCAAAGCAUGGGUUGAGAAACGUCCAGUUACAGCGUUUUGACGUGAUACACGGACAUUGUCCCUUAUGUCAGCAAUAUUCCUGCCUGUAAAUAAUCGAAUCUGGACCAGACAAUCCAGCGGUGAACAGCAUGAGCAUCGCGCUGUGCAGUGGGAUACGAUGACAUAUGACACA